AUGUGUCAUGUCGAUGCAUUGAGUCGUAAACAGGCAGCAACUGCAAUCGAAACUUUGGACAUUGACUAUCAAUUACAGAUUGCACAAUCUCGAGAUAAUGAUAUACAACUACUGAAGACAAAAUUAGAAUCAGGUCCUGUUCAAGGAUAUAUAUUAAAGGAGAGUCGUGGUAUUAAUCAUGUCCUUACGGCUACAGCUUCUCCGCAGGCUAAUGGUCAGGUGGAGCGUGUAAAUAGAGUAUUACGACCAAUGCUAAGCAAAGAAACAGACCCGCAAAGAGAUUUGACAUUUAUUCGAAGCAAAGCUCAUGAAAACAUAAUUCAAUCGCAGAUUAUAAAUGAGGAACAAUUUGCAAAAAAGCACCGCCCAGCUGUAAAAUUCCAAUUAGGAGAUCUCGUUAUGAUCCGCAAUCUAGACACUAGCGUAAAUGUAAAUAAGAAACUAAUAGCCAGGUUCAAGGGACCUUAUGUAGUACACAAGUGUUUGCCAAAUGACAGAUAUGUAAUACGAGACAUUGAUGGAGCACAACAAACUCAAAUUCCCUACGAUGGUGUACUCGAAUCAGAUAAACUAAGGAAGUGGAUGUCGCAAGAUGCAGACUCUGCAUCAGUUUGCACAUAG